AUGCCUGCUACAACGGUUCAUAUUCGAGUUGCAAAAGUCACCAGUGUUCACGAAGAUGGCGUUGGAGCGUGUUUUGGGAUGUCGGUGCGGUUGGUGUUCCUGUUCACCGGGUAUUGGUUCAGAUGGUGGGUUCCGGGAUGGAGAAGCUUAUGGCGGCUGUUAGUUGUUGUACCAUUUUCACGUUGGCAUAAUUUGGCGCAUUUCGAAAUGCCAGGCUCAGUGAGGAAUGCACCGUAG